AUGAAUUCUCUUUCUUCUUCUGCUUCUAGUUCGACAAGGAUGAAGAACAACAACAAGCUCUCUGUCAGAAACCAAACCCGUUUCAAGAAAUCGUUCUUGUUGUUAAGAGAGAAGACCAUUCUCAAAAAAGCGUUAGAGCUUUCCAUUCUCUGCGACAACGAUAUUUGUGUGAUACAUUACGACCGUGAAGGAAACCUCGUCAACACUUACCCUGAAGAUCAGUGCCAAGUCAAAGACAUUCUCGAGAGGUAUAACAAUUUGAGCGACACAGAAAAAAUCAAGAAAAACACAAAUCUUUCACAGUUCUAUAACAAGAAACUCGUUGACGAGAAGAGGAGAUCUCUUACGGACGCAGAGGAACGCAAAAGGUUCACAAAGAAAGUUGGUGAGUUCAAGGGUUCCUUGGAACAUAAGUUACAGAUAGUAAAAGAUAGGGUUCGUGACCUUCUUUAUUCCCAGAGCACUUGUCUUGAUGUUAUGUCUGAACAAAAUCACAACGUUCCGGCGUCUUCUUCUGGCUUUGUCUUCCCAAACGAGUUAUCUGAUCCACGGAUGAAUUUUACUCCGCACGAUCUUGAUCAACAACAAUCAUUCACGAGUCUUCUCAUGAGUGGUGAUCAUGUGUCAGCAAAUACCGAUCAAUACCUCCUGAGCCCUGCUUCUUGCGCAACUGAUUCGUCCAAUCACGAGAGCAAAUUCUCAGUCUUUGUGUUUAACCAUGAAACGGCUACGUUUACUCAACUUCCCAACUCUGCUUCUUCAAGCUUCGACCAAGGGUUGAUUGGUACUUACUGA